UGGUUUCUUUUGAAUUGAUUGACGUUUCGCGGCGUCUCAACAGCUGUUUGACCAAAGUCUCUACCUCGUUGGUCGUUCUAUGAAUGUGAAUCGGUUAUUUCGUCGCACGUGUUUUCGAAAUUAUCGAACCUUAAUUCGGGAAAGACAGUAAGACUAACCAUUAAAGUAUGGAAGAAGAUAGUGGUGUUAAAGCCCCUGUUACACGCCUGCGACGGAGGCUGUCUGUAGAGCAGACGGAGGAGAAGGUGUUAACACCCAACACUCCAACAAAAAAAAGAGCAACAAGACGAGCUAAACCUGAGCUGGAUCUCAUUGAUGAAAACGUUGUUCCUGAAACCGUUACACCAAAAAGAACUACCCGGAAGGCUGUAAAAGAUGUUCUAGAGCCAGUAGAGGAAAAAACUGUGACGCCUUCAAGACGCAGUACAAGGAUCAAGUCAAACACUAGCAUUGUAUCAGACACUGCCGCUUUAACUGUGGACUCCCCUAGAGCUAAACGAGCUGCUAGGAGAAACUCCCACCUUGGAAGUGAUAGCGAAGCUUCUAACACACCUAUUCGUCAAACAAGAAGAACCAGAAAAGAUUCAACUUCAAGCAUUGACAAGGUUGAUGCAGCAUCAAAGCCAGUAACUCAAAUUGCUGAACCCAUUGCUGAAGAACCAGAAUCAGUCUUAAGAAAAUCAACCAGUAGUAAUGACAAUAUCAAUAAUACACCUCAAAGUAAUGUAAGAAAAAGUCCAAGGCUUAAUAAAAGUCCACAAAAUGAAACUGAUAAUAAACCAGAAGAAAAUGCAAGUCCCUCAUUAAAUGAAGCUACUGAUAUUAAUGUACAAAAAGAAUCGCAUAACGAAUUUUCAGAAUCAUCUAGCAUUUCACCAAGUGGACAAAAUAAUGAUAAAACAGAAACCAAUAAUAGUGAUAAUCGAAAAUCUCUGGAUUCGACAAUUAAUUUAAUAAAUAAUAUUGACCAAAUAAACCCCCAAAAGAAGAAUGUUCAUAAUAAGAGUACAUCAGCUCUUGAAGGCAAUAAUUUUAAAAGCAAGAAAAAGAGAACUAAAUCUUGGUCUACUUUAAGCAGUCCAAACGUAAAGGAGAAUAUGUUUUAUAGUGACAAUGAGAGUAAGAAAGACAAAUUUAGUGCAGUUAAAUCACCGCUAACACAUAAGAUGGCUUCUGGUGACAGCAAAUUGGAUCUUAAUGUAUCAAAAGGAAAAUCUGUCUCUGAAAUAUGCAAGGAUGUUUCUAUUAUUCUCAACAAAUGUGAUAAUGACGUCAAUAUUACAGUAGAAAAUUUCAACAGUGAUGUGUUAUCUAGUAAAGAAUUGUUUGAUAAGGAACCUAGUGGAAUAAUUAAUACAAAAAUAAUAAUUGAAGAUUCGGAUUCUAAUACAGAACAUGCGGAACCUGAGGGAAAUCACAAUAAUGAAGAUCAAUGUGUACCAGUGGUAUCUGUACCAGACGGUUUGAACAAAUCUUUAUUGGGUCAAGAAACUCAGGAUACAUCUAACAAGGUCAAUGUUAGUCAUGAAACUGCAAAUGUCUUAAAUAAUGAUGGUUUUAAUAACAGUGUUGAGCCAAUGGAUAUUGAUGAAACUGUGCCUGAAAAUAUAUUGAUCCCUGAUCCUGAACAAACUGAUCAAUCAGAAAAUGAUAAAGUGAAAAUUCAACAAGAUACCAGUUUCAUUUCGGGCCUGCAUUCUAAAUCAAAGCGGAAAUCUUCAAUGUCUUAUAGUCCCAAUGAUACAGAAAAUAAAAGCACUUUAAUCAUAUCAGAAAUCAAAGAUAACUCUACUAAUGAAAUAAAUAAAAGUCAAACAUCAACAAACCAUAAAUCCUUAUUAUCCAAAUCUGUAAUAGACUUGGACAAAUCACAAAAUAAUGAGAUAGACAGAAAAAAUGUAUCAUUAAGUUGCUUAACAAGUACACCAUUACAACAAAAGAAUUUUCAAAAAUUAUUAGCGCCAAUUAAUACUUCGAUAAUUAAAUCAAAUCAAAAUACUGCUAAAAGCCCAAUAGUCCAAAACACAGCGCAUGAAUCUAAGAGUUUUAAAAAUAAAAGUAAAGUGGAGUCAAGUGAUGAUGAAUCCUCAGAAAAAGAAUCUUCAAUGGAAAAAAACGAAUUACUAAAUGAUGAAGCAAGUGACGCCGGAGAUGAUUACGAGUCAGGUGACAGCCAAGAUGAAGAUGAUCGUCAAUAUGCAGAAGAAAACGAAAUAGUCGAUAAAGGCGUUACUCUUUCAUCAGAAGACGAAUUGUCGAACGAUUCAGAUUACGAAAAGGAUUCGUUUGUUGUUAGCUCGGAUGAAGAAGAUAAUCAAUUACUAGAAGGAACAGACGAUGACUUGUCAAUGAGUGAUAACGAGUUGAAAAUGACAAAAGAGUCUAAGAAAAAAUACAAUGAACGUAUGGCUAAACAGCAAAAGAAAGCAUCCAGAGAGAUGUUUGAGGCGCGUCACAAACUCGAUAUUUCUAAGUCUAACAAACGUCUCUCUGGUAACAAUGAGAGUUCUGAUUCAUCUGAAGAAGAAGUUCCUGUUAAACAAAAAAAGAAAAAUAGGAUGAGAUUAGAUUCUAGCCAUGAAACAAGCGGAAUAUCAAUUGAAAAUUCUACAAAGAAAAAUAAGAAAAAACGCUUAUCUGAAUCUGUUUGUAAUGAAAGUGUCCUUAAAGAACAAGAAAUUACUAUGCUUGAUGAAAGUUUAAAAGAAAGUGAUCCACUAGAGGCAGAUACAAAAUCAGAGCCAAAAACCCCUAAAAUGGACAUCAAUUCCACAGUAGACUUUGUUGAUGCGAAUAAUGCAAAUGACACAAUCAAAAGUAAAAGUGGAGUAAAUGAAAACUUAACAGAUCCACUACAUGCUACAAUGGACGAUGAAAUGUCGUCUUCAGACAGUGACACUAAUAACAUAAUCGAUAAUUAUGAUUCUGUUCUAAAUUCAUUAAACAAUAACAAAAAGCAUAUUACUGGUAAUGCGUCUCUCAAUCUUGAAGUGAAAACGAAAGAUAAGAAUAAAAGGGCUCCUGUUUUUGAUGAUUUAAAUCUUACACAAGUGAAAACAGACCUCAAGAAUCUUAAUAAAGAUAAAGCAAUCAAAAAAUCCGAAAAAGAGUCAAAGAAAGAGGAGCAUGAAUCUAAAGAUACUAGUGAUACUUCAUCUGAUUCCAUUGAAUUAAAUUUACUGUUCUCUGAGGAAAGCAAUACAGAUUCAUUAAGUAACAAAACCAAUGAUGAUAAAGACGCUAUUCCAUUGAAAAGAAGUAAAGCUAAGACGGAUAUAAGCAUACAAAAUGAUCAAGAUGAAGCAGAUGGCGCUGUAAGCUUUUUCAUUGACACAAAAGGUGAACACAUUAGUGAAGAGUGUAAAGAAAAAGUGUUGAAUGUGUCUGUUAGUCAUGACCAAAGCUUGAAAUCAAGUGCUAAGAAGAAAAAGAAGAGCUUAUCUCAAUCUAUAAUAAGUGAAGCUACAGAAGUACUUGCUGAAGAAGUAAACCAAAGUGAGCUGCAAGCUAAAACACCCAAAAGUGAAAAGAAGAGGCAGUCUGUAGUAGAAGUUGACUCAACAUCAGAAACCCCCACCGAAGAAAUAACUGAAGAACAAAAUGAGUCAAAAGCAAAAACUCCUAAAAGUGAAAAGAAAACGAGAAAACAGUCAAGUUCACAACAAGAUAUUGAAAAAGAAGAACCUCAAGUACAAGAUUUUGUUGCGUCCAAUGAUGAAACGCCAAAUAGUGGAAAAAAGAAAAACAAGCGAUUGUCGGAAUCCCUCGCUCAUAAUUUAGAUGAAGAACAAUCAGAAGACGUCUCUACAAAUAUUAAUAUUUCAACUUUAAAAACACCAAAGAGUGAGAAGAAAAUGAAAAAGCUACUCGCAGAAUCGCAGGUCGAUAUAACAGGAGGACGAGAUUUUGCUAUCGAAGAAACAGAUACGUCUCUUCAAAAAUCAAAUAGUGAAAAAAAAAAGAAAAAGCGCAUGUCAAUGUCACAAGUGGAUAUAACAAUAGAUGAAAAUACCGCAGAUGAAUCUACCACAAAGGAUGGCAAUAUUUCUUUAACAAAAACACCAAAAAGUGAAAAGAAAAAGAAACGACUAUCAGAGUCACAAAAUGCAGCAGAGGAACUACAAAAUGGAGAACAAUCUAAUAAAGAAGAUGGCAACUUUUCAAUACUUAAAACACCAAUGAGUGAAAAAAAGAAGAAACGCGUAUCGGAAACACAACCCGAUGCAGUCGAAGAUGGACUAACUGAAGAAGUACCAGUUAAUAAGGAUGGUAAUAUGUCUCUAUCAAAAACACCAAAAAGUGAAAAGAAAAAGAAUAAAUGCUCAUCAGAGUCACAAAGCCAUGAAGUAGCAGAACCAUCUGAAGAAGUAGCAGCAAUUGAUGAAAAUGUUUCGCUAUUGAAAACUCCAAAAAGUGACAAGAAGAAAAAUAAACGACUCUCAGAGUCACAAACAGAUAACAUUAAAUCAGAUACACCAAGCAAAGAAGAUACCGAAUUAAAUGUAUCAAAUGUCAAGAGUGAAAAGAAAAAUAAGAACCGUUUGUCAGCAUCGCAGACAAUAAACAUUGAAGAAAAUUCCGAUUCCGAUAGUCCACUGGAAAUGGCUGUUGAAAUGAAUCAACCAAAUAUUGAAGAUGAGGAAACAAAGAAAUCCAGUGGCAAAAAGAAAAACAAAAAGAAAUCAAAAACAGAAAAGCAACAGGAAACUGUUCAAGUAUUAGAUGACAGUGAAGGCAAUGCCAACAAAAAACGUAAGCGGCCACAAAUUUCUGUGGAAGAAAUAAUAUCUGGAGAUGCUGAGAGCACUCAGACAAAGAAAAAGAGAAAAAUAACAAACAGCGAAGAAGAAAUAAUGACUGAACCUGAAGAUAGUAAGAGUAUUAAAAAUAAAAAACGAAAACAAAGGGAGGAUGAUGAAUUGGGUGUUUCAAAGGUACGCAAAACCAACACUCUCACGAAAAUACCCGUGCCCCGUUUGCCGACAUCAAUAAUAAACCAAUUGGAUGAUAAACCGAAAGAACAAACCAAGAAAAAGCCCAAAGUAGUCGCUACAAGUCAUUUCACCAUUGAAGAAGUACGAAGAAGCAAGCCAUCCAAUUACCUUGAAGAAAGUAUUUAUUUACACGAAGACUCGCCAAAAAAGAAAAAACCUAAGGCUAACAUUCCUAAACCAAAAGUAUUGCCUACAAUGCCGACAGCUUCUACAUCGAACACCGGUUAUACAACUAAUUUUAAAGUUAAUGUAAUCCCCAGUGAAACCAAAUUCGUCGCUCAAAAGAGCAACAUAGUUAAUUUCAAAGAAGAACGUAUGUACAAUAAAAAUAUUAAGCGCUUAGGUACCUAUGAAAUGUACAAGAGACAGAGGAAUAUAAAAUUGUCAAAAUUUUAAGGAAUAUCACGUUUCAGUUAUGUAAAAACUCCGCCUGUUAUAAAUGUGAAUAUUUAAAUUCUACUAUUCUGCCACUUGUAAUACUCAUUAUUUGUCCAAUUAUUCAUACUUUCCAUAUUUUUACUGAAAACAAAAAAUAAUUCUACUAUCUAAUAAUCAUUAUUUGUCCAAUUGAUCAUACUUUCCAUAUUUUUACUUAAAAAAAGUUCAUUCUUCUUUCUUGUAUUUUUUUUAUCAAUUUAAGUUAAUAAUUCUAGAAUUGUGAUAUAUUAUGGAGCACAUUUGUCUUUGUAAAACGGAAGGUACCUAUAUAAUUCGGUAUAUUUCGGUUCCAUUUCCUUUUUAAUUUUGUGUUCAAUUUCUUUAAUAUUUUUAUGUUUACUUUGUCUGCUGUAUUAUCAGUACGAUUAUUUUAAUUUUAAUUAUGUCUUCAGUUCAUUAGAUAUCUGGACUAUGAAACGUGAAUUUACAAUUUAUAUGGCGACAGGCGAUAUGCCGAUUGACUAAUUUGUAUUUACCGCCAUUUGUUUUUUUACGUUAAGUUUGUAGGUUUAAACUAGAUGGCGCUUAAUAUUGUCAAUAAAACAGUACUGCGCCCAUGUGCCUUGUUUUCAUGCAGGACGUUAAUUUAACUAAACGAUUCUAUGAAUUAAUUGAAUAAAGUUGUUAAAUAAUACAAAAA